CAAUAAUCGAUAUGAUCACUUCAAAAUUUAGUAUCUCUAUUAUUCAAAACUAAACGUAUCAAAAUUCAAGUACUAUGGUUGUGGCAAAAUAAUUGUUAAAAAUAUUAUAAACUAUUAAACUUUUUAAACAAAAUUGUUCUGUGUUUGUUGUCUAGAAUCUAGAUGGAUAAUUUAAAACUAGUAAUUGUGCUUUGCAGGCAUGGAGAUCGCACACCAUUGCAAACAUAUCCGAAUAAUCCACAUACACCAGACAUAUAUCAACAUCUUGGACCUGGCGAAUUAACGAAUUUAGGAAAGAAGAGAAUGUUCGAAGUUGGAAAAAAACUGAGAAAACGUUAUGAAAAAUUUUUAAGUGAUACAUACACUCCUGAAAAAGUAAAAGUUAUUACGACUAAUAUUAAUAGAACAAAAAUGACAGCACAACUAGUGUGUGCUGGACUAUUUCCACCGUCUUGUAAAGAAAAAUGGGAUAAUAUAUUAAAUUGGCAACCGAUUCCUUACUCAUACAGUUCAUUAAGUCAUAAUAUGUUGGUUUCGCCAAUACAUGGCUGUGAAUCGUUUCGACAAUUGUACAGAGAAGUUGAAAAGUCACAAUAUGGACAAGAAAUAUAUCAAAAAUUUGAUUCGAUUUUCAGAUAUUUAGAAGAAAAAUCUGGAAUUUCACCUUUUCGAAUAAUGAAUGCAUUUCAUCUGUAUAUGGUUCUAACUGCAGAAGAAAGCUUUGGACUAGUUUUACCUGAAUGGACUAAAGAGGUGUUUCCUGAACCGCUAAAUGAAAUUGCUUGCUAUCAAUAUUUAUUACAAAAUUAUAAUUUGAGUAUGAAACAAAAAACCACCGGUAAAGCUCUAGUGUCUGGAUCCAUUGACUCUAGUGUGUCUGGAUCCAUGAAGGAUAUUAUCGUAAAUAUUAUAAAAUAUUAUUCUUUAAUCACAGGAGCAUUUUUGUCAGAAUUAAUAAAUGAUUUUGAUAAGAAAAUUAACAAUGAAUCAAAACUGAAAUUUAUACUAUAUUCAGCUCAUGAGUGUUCUAUAGCAAAUCUAUUGAUUAUUCUAAAUUUAUUUGAUCUGAAAGUUCCAAAUUAUGGGUCAUAUGUAGCAUUAGAAUUAAGAGAACAUAACAACGAACAUUUCAUUCAAAUUUACUAUCAAAAUUCUGAAAAUGAAGAACCAAAAUUAUUAAAAAUUCCAGAAUUUGACGAAUCAUGUCGUUACGAUUUGUUUAAAACUUAUCUUUCUAAGUAUAUAAUAAAAUCCUGCUUGUAAAAGACAUGAA